CAAAGCAAACACACACAACCUCCUCUCCACCAACCAACACAGAUCUUUGCCAUUCAGAAAAAGAUGGAAUCCGAGAUGCAAUGCAGCAUGAGCCAGGCGUGGGGCCCCAAGAUGCCACAGGGACUGGACCUGGAGAUCUCCCAUCACCCAAUGACCAUGAAGCGCGUGGUCAACCUCAUCAUCGCCAUGGAGCGGCUGAAGGACGGCGUGUCGGAGUCGGUGCUGAGCACCGGCUUCAGAGAUGAAAGCCUGCUCAACAUCAUGAUGGAGAGCAUUGUGGAAGAGCACAUUGUAUUCGAGAGAACCUCGGCUCCAUCAGAUCAAUUCAGCCGGACGGGCGUGCACCCGUGCAACAUCAGCGACAGCCAGAAGAAGAACUUGAUUCUGGUCGAAAACAGCAUGGAGCUCCACGCCGUGAUGCUGCAGGCCGGCAGCGACAACCGCAAAGUUCUUCUCAACAUGUCGACCUACGUGAACCCUUCACCCACCGUCGAGGCCAGGCCUGUCGCUCUGUGCAUUAAAGACACAAACCUCUACCUGUCGUGCCACCAGGAGGACGGAGAGCCCACCCUGCAUCUGGAGAAAGUGGAGGACAAGAUCAGCCUGAGGACCAUCACCAGGCAAAGUGAGCUGCUGCGCUUCCUGUUCUACAAGCAGGACAGUGGGGUGAACAUCAGCACCCUCAUGUCGGCCCGCUUCCCUGACUGGUACAUCAGCACGUCCGAGGAAGAAAACAUGCCGGUCAUGAUGUGUCAGGAGAGCGCCCAUCGCUACCGGACCUUCAACAUCCAGCGUCAGAGUUAA